UCAUGGCGGAGCCGGGCCCCGCCGAGGAGCUCGCCAAGCUCGAGUACCUGUCGCUGGUGUCGAAGGUCUGCACCGAACUGGACAACCACCUGGGCAUCAACGACAAGGACCUCGCCGAGUUUGUCAUCAGCCUUGCCGAGAAGAACACGACCUUCGAUACCUUCAAAGCCUCUCUUGCCAAAAAUGGGGCCGAGUUCACGGAUUCCCUCAUCAGUAACCUGCUGCGGCUCAUACAGACCAUGCGGCCCCCCGCCAGACCCGCCGCCACCAAGGAUCCGGUGGCUAAGCCCAAAUCAGAGAAGGAGAAACUGAAGGAUCUGUUUCCUGCACUGUGCCGCCCAGACAACCCCACCAUCAGGACCAUGCUGGACGAGGAUGACGUCAAGGUGGCCGUGGACGUCCUGAAGGAACUCGAAGCCCUGAUGCCCAGCGCGGCGGGACGGGCUAAGCCGCGGGGCACCGAUCACCGUGACCGGACAAAGAAGAAGAAGCGGAGCCGGAGCCGAGACCGGAGCCGGGACCGGAGCCGAGACCCCAAACGCAGGCCCCGUUCUCAUUCCCGCUCCCGUUCCCGCUCCCGGACGCGGGAGAGGAACAAAGGGAAGAUGAGGGGCCGGAGCCGGAGCCCCAGCCCGUCCCGCAGGGAGCGGGGUCGGGACGGUGAGCGGAGGCCCGAGCGGUGGCGUGACAAGCAUGUGGACCGGCCUCCGCCCGAGGAGCCUUCCAUCGGGGACAUCUACCAGGGCAAGGUCACAAGCAUCAUGCAGUUUGGCUGCUUUGUGCAGUUGGAGGGGCUGAGGAAGCGCUGGGAAGGCCUGGUCCACAUCUCAGAGCUGCGCCGAGAGGGCCGGGUGGCCAACGUGGCUGACGUUGUGAGCAAAGGUCAGAGGGUCAAGGUGAAGGUACUGUCCUUCACUGGCACCAAGACCAGCUUGAGCAUGAAGGACGUGGAGCAGGAGACGGGUGAGGACUUGAACCCUAACCGGCGCCGGACCACGGCUGGGGAGGCCGGCGAGGAGACCGCCAUGAGGAACCCGGACAGACCCAGCCACCUGGCUCUGGUCAGCGCCCCGGAGUUGGAGGACGACACCCUGCAGAGGAAGCGGCUCACCCGCAUCUCGGACCCCGAGAAGUGGGAGAUCAAGCAGAUGAUCGCAGCCAACGUACUUUCCAAAGAAGAGUUUCCCGAUUUUGACGAGGAGACCGGGAUCCUGCCCAAGGUGGACGACGAGGAAGAUGAGGACCUGGAGAUCGAGUUGGUGGAGGAGGAGCCCCCGUUCCUCAGGGGCCACACCAAGCAGAGCAUGGACAUGAGCCCCAUCAAGAUCGUUAAGAACCCCGACGGCUCCCUGUCCCAAGCGGCCAUGAUGCAGAGCGCCCUGGCCAAGGAGAGGCGGGAGCUGAAGCAGGCGCAGCGCGAGGCCGAGAUGGACUCCAUCCCCAUGGGACUCAACAAACACUGGGUGGAUCCACUGCCCGACGUGGACGGGCGGCAGAUUGCGGCCAACAUGAGGGGCAUUGGCAUGAUGCCCAGCGACAUCCCCGAGUGGAAGAAGCACGCGUUUGGCGGCAACAAGGCGUCCUACGGCAAGAAGACGCAGCUGUCCAUCAUCGAACAGCGGGAGAGCCUGCCCAUCUUCCGCCUCAAGGAGCAGCUCAUCCAGGCCGUCCACGACAACCAGAUCCUGAUCGUCAUUGGAGAGACGGGCUCGGGGAAGACCACCCAGAUCACGCAGUACCUGGCCGAGGCGGGCUACACCUCCCGGGGCAAGAUCGGCUGCACCCAGCCCCGGAGGGUGGCCGCCAUGUCCGUGGCGAAGCGCGUGUCCGAGGAGUUCGGCUGCUGCCUGGGCCAGGAGGUGGGCUACACGAUCCGGUUCGAGGACUGCACCAGCCCCGAGACGGUCAUCAAGUACAUGACGGAUGGCAUGCUGCUGCGCGAGUGCCUCAUAGACCCCGACCUGGGCCAGUACGCCAUCAUCAUGCUAGACGAGGCCCACGAGCGCACCAUCCACACCGACGUGCUCUUCGGCUUGUUGAAGAAGACGGUUCAGAAACGGCAGGACAUGAAGUUGAUCGUCACUUCGGCCACUCUGGACGCCGUGAAGUUCUCCCAGUACUUUUACGAAGCCCCCAUCUUCACCAUCCCCGGCCGCACCUACCCCGUGGAGAUCCUGUACACCAAGGAGCCGGAGACGGACUAUCUGGAUGCCAGCCUCAUCACCGUCAUGCAGAUUCAUCUGACUGAACCUCCAGGGGACAUCCUGGUGUUUCUGACUGGCCAGGAAGAGAUCGACACGGCCUGCGAGAUCCUGUACGAGCGGAUGAAGUCCCUGGGGCCGGACGUCCCGGAGCUGAUCAUCCUGCCUGUCUACUCGGCCCUGCCUAGUGAGAUGCAGACCCGCAUCUUCGACCCCGCACCCCCCGGCAGCCGUAAGGUGGUGAUCGCCACCAACAUCGCUGAGACGUCGCUGACCAUUGACGGGAUCUACUACGUGGUAGACCCUGGGUUUGUGAAGCAGAAGGUGUACAAUUCCAAGACCGGCAUUGACCAGCUGGUGGUGACACCCAUUUCCCAGGCCCAAGCAAAGCAGAGGGCAGGCCGUGCAGGGCGUACAGGACCGGGGAAGUGCUACCGACUGUACACGGAGCGGGCGUACCGGGAUGAGAUGCUGACCACCAACGUGCCUGAGAUCCAGAGGACCAACCUGGCCAGCACGGUGCUGUCCCUCAAGGCCAUGGGCAUCAAUGACCUCCUGUCCUUUGACUUCAUGGACGCCCCCCCGAUGGAGACCCUGAUCACCGCCAUGGAGCAGCUGUACACGCUCGGGGCACUGGACGACGAGGGGCUGCUCACGCGCCUGGGCCGCCGGAUGGCGGAGUUCCCCCUGGAGCCCAUGCUCUGCAAGAUGCUCAUCAUGUCCGUCCACCUGGGCUGCAGCGAGGAGAUGCUAACCAUCGUGUCCAUGCUGUCUGUGCAGAAUGUCUUCUACAGGCCCAAGGAUAAGCAGGCGCUGGCCGACCAGAAGAAAGCUAAGUUCCACCAGACGGAGGGGGACCACCUGACGCUGCUGGCCGUCUACAACUCCUGGAAGAACAACAAGUUCGCCAACCCCUGGUGCUACGAGAACUUCAUCCAGGCCCGCUCGCUGCGCCGGGCCCAGGACAUCCGCAAACAGAUGCUGGGCAUCAUGGAUAGGCACAAGUUGGACGUGGUGUCCUGUGGCAAGGCCACGGUGCGUGUGCAGAAGGCCAUCUGUAGCGGUUUCUUCCGCAACGCGGCCAAGAAGGACCCACAGGAGGGCUACCGCACGCUGAUCGACCAGCAGGUGGUCUACAUCCACCCGUCCAGCGCCCUCUUCAAUCGCCAGCCUGAGUGGGUGGUGUACCACGAGCUGGUGCUGACCACGAAGGAGUACAUGCGGGAGGUGACCACCAUCGACCCGCGCUGGCUGGUGGAGUUUGCCCCGGCCUUCUUCAAGGUGUCCGAUCCCACCAAGCUGAGCAAGCAGAAGAAACAGCAGCGGCUGGAGCCCCUGUACAACCGCUACGAGGAGCCCAACGCCUGGCGCAUCUCCCGCGCUUUCCGCCGCCGUUGAGUCUCCCCGGACUGUGCCCAGACUGGAUGGCCGGUGUCUGGGGCCCUGCCCGGCCCCCUCCCCGACACUUGGCGGGACGGCGGAGGAACUCAGUAGGACUGGGGCCCUGCCCCCACAGAGGGCUUGCAACUACAGCCAACUCUCAGCACCCUUCCCGCCCUGGCUCUUCCACCCACCCACCCAACACUUGGGAGCGGCGAGGCCUCUGCUCCAGACAGGCGGCCCCCUGCACCCACCAAGAAU